GUCGCACCUUCAGUUAGGCAGGAUCUCAUCUGCCAUGGUCGGGAUGAGUGCAGUUGGAAUAGGCGUUGGGACUGCAACGACAACAACAGUGGCAGCAACUUAUCCGUUGCUUUUGUCCUCUUCGUCCAUGCUUGGUGUUGGGUUGAGAGCAACGACUUCUGCAGGUUGUGCGCGGCCAUGCUUUGCGUCUUUUGGAAGGAACACACUUAUUGGAGGGUUGGCAUUAACAGGCCAUCGUGGGUUCGCAUCCCUUCCCGAAGGCGCUCAGGAGGUUGGCAAGCUUGUUUCUUCUGCUACUGAAAAGAUGGGACUUGGUGACAACCAGUUUGCUGCAGGAGGAUUUCAAUUGGCAUUGAUAGGUGGUAUCCUUGCAGGAAUUAGAGUUCUAGGAUCCUAUGCCAUCGAAUAUUUCAAAAAGAAAAUUAUAGUCACGGCCGAGUUUGAUUCGAGAGAUGAAUCCUACAGUUGGAUCUUGAAUUGGCUUAGUGACCAUCCAUAUUCCAAAAAAGCAACUCAUUUUUCAGUAUCAACGACAAUUGCCAGAGGAGCUCAAAAAAUCAACGGAGAAGGAGGCGAUUCUGCUAUUGCCGCUACAUAUUUUUUGCCCGCUCCAGGACUCCACUUCUUCUGGUACAGGAAUCGUUUGCUAUGGCUGCACAGAGAGCGUGCCCGUCCUGCAGGAUCCACUGUCGCCACUUCAGGGUCGGCGGUAGAAAAUAUUACUAUUAGCACAAUAGGCCGAUCUCGUGAUCUUAUCCAGUCACUGAUCUUGGAGGCACAGCGUAAAUUUAUUGAUAGAGACCAAUCUAGGACAGUUAUCUUCCAAGCAGAUCAAUAUGGUGCAUGGAGACGGACCAAAUCGAGACCCAAAAGACCUCUAGAUACUAUUGUUAUGGAUCCGAAGUUGAAAAACUACAUAGUGGAAGACGCCAAAGAGUUUUUUGCAAGUGAAAGCUGGUAUGCAGAACGUGGUUUGCCCUUCCGACGUGGUUUGCUUUUAUAUGGAUCUCCAGGGACAGGGAAGACAUCGUUCAUUCAUGCAUUGGCAGGAGAAUUGGGACUCAAUAUCUAUGUUGUCAAUUUAUCGAGCAAAAACCUUACCGACGAUACACUCUCGGAAUUGGUUUCCGAUACGCCAUCGAGAUGCCUGCUAUUGAUCGAAGACGUAGACGCUGCUUUUGUUCAAAGAGAAUCUCAGGAUGCUGCUAAAGGAAUCACGUUUUCAGGAUUGCUCAAUUCCGUAGACGGUGUAUCGGCUCAAGAAGGCCGUAUCUUGUGCAUGACGACCAAUCACUUAGAGCGUUUGGAUGAGGCAUUGAUCCGUCCGGGCCGUGUGGAUGUACGAGCUAAAUUCGGGAAAGCUAGCCAACUGCAAGCAAAGGAACUCUUUAUCAAGUUUUAUCCUCAUGUUUCUGGCACUCGAGUGGACAGCUCUGUAUCCAAGGAGCCGAACAACAAUAAACGACUAAGCGCACCUUCUAAUUUAUCAGAAACGACAAAUUAUUUGGACAAUGGCAAUUCUACCGUGUCAUCAAUGACUUCCCCUGCAGAGAAUGCGAUCAAUAGCCUUUCAGCUGCCCAAACAGAAGCGCUAGCAACGCAGUUUGCCAAAGUUAUACCUGACCAAAUGUUUUCAAUCGCUCAGCUGCAAGGCUUUUUGAUGGGCUACAAAAAAUCACCAGAGUUGGCAGUGAAGCAUGCAGAAAAAUUUGUUAGACAAGCUGGAAGCGCCGAAGUAAGUGGAACGGCCAAGGUUGAAUAUGAUGAAGAGACUACUGGCAAAGCUUCUGAGAAACAAUUUUACUGGGAAGAUGAUGAGGAAAAGCAAGGGUUUAGAGAAGAAAAGGAACGUGAGCGGAAAGCAAGCCUGAAAUAAACUACCUGCCU